UCAACGUGCCCAGAAGUUCCCAUCUCUCCGUAUUAUUCUUCUCCUCUCCGGCUGUGUUCUUGAAAUGAAGCUUCAAAUCCACAAGCCAAGAUUGGUUCAUACGUCUCUCUGAGUUUCGAGAAUUUUUAUUUCUCUGCUUGAAGAUUUUUAUUUUUCUGAUCAGAUCGGAAAUCAAAUUCCCCUGAAACGAUGGAUUUGGCGCCAGAAGAGCUCCAGUUCUUGAGCAUUACGGACAUUCUCAGAGAAUCGAUCUCAAUCCCCAAGCGAUCUCCCAAAACCUUCUAUCUUAUCACCAUUGCCCUAAUUUUCCCUCUUUCUUUUGCAAUCUUAGCUCAUUCCCUCUUCACGCAUCCUAUCCUUGCUAAGCUCGAUUCUCCUUAUGACGAUCCAUCUCAGACCUCUCAUGAAUGGACCCUCCUUCUCAUUUAUCAGUUCUGCUACCUCAUAUUCCUAUUUGCCUUCUCUCUUCUCUCCACAGCCGCUGUUGUUUUCACCGUGGCCUCGCUUUAUACCUCGAAGCCCGUUUCAUUCUCCUCAACAAUAUCUGCUAUACCGAAAGUUUUUAAGCGCUUGUUCAUCACUUUCCUAUGGGUAUCGCUCUUGAUGUUCCUCUACAACUUCAUCUUUGUUCUUUCCCUCGUCUUGAUGAUUAUAGCAAUCGAUACCCAGAACUCCUUUUUGCUUUUCUGUGCUUUGAUUGUAAUCCUCUUGCUUUUCAUGGUUGCUCAUGUGUACAUUACCGCUUUGUGGCAUUUGGCCAGCGUGGUGUCGGUGUUGGAACCACUUUAUGGUUUCGCAGCAAUGAAGAAGAGUUACGAAUUGUUGAAAGGGAGGACUAAGUAUGCGGCGAUUAUUGUCUUCGUAUAUUUAAUCAGUUGUGGAGUAAUCGGCAGCUACUUUAGCUCCAUUGUAGUGCACGGUGGAGAUGAUUAUUCGGUGUUCUCGCGGAUUGUGGUCGGUGGGGUCCUAGUGGGCUUGUUGGUAAUUGUCAAUCUGGUUGGUUUGUUAGUGCAGAGCGUGUUCUACCAUGUAUGCAAAAGUUAUCAUCAUCAAGAAAUCGAUAAGACUGCUUUGCAUGAUCAUCUUGGUGGCUAUCUCGGAGAAUAUGUGCCCCUGAAAAGCAGCAUUCAAAUGGAAGAUUUGGCUGUGUAAUGCAGGCCAUGCAGAGAUUCUGCAGAUGGUUGGACUGAAUCUGCAUUAAAGUUGCAGUACGAGACUUCGCUUGGUUUCAAGCCCUAGCUUGAUACCUCCUUCCCCCUUGUUUUUCGGUUAUGAGAAAUCUCGUUGACUCUGUGGCCAGCUUAACCAUCAAUUACGAGACCACGUUUUGCUGUCAAAAUCUGCUCAUUUUAUAUUCAAUUUGUUUUGUUUGGUAAAUAUUCCGAGCCGCUAUUUUUCAUG